AUGGAUGCGACAGAACUGACAACCUCUAUCCCCCCCGAAAAUUUCUCACACUUGGGAAGGCUAAAGAACGGGGGGGAAAUUAAAGGCGUGAGAAAUGUGGGUAGUUUGGAGAGUUCUUCCCACUUGAGAUGUACUAACAGUUGGACAUAUAUGAAUCACCUCGCGAAUGCAUGCAAUUGGGGCAGUUUUAUCCAUCUGCAGGAUUUGGACGAUACUGACUUGGAAAUCCAAGAAAACCUAAAAGAAGCAAAGAAGAAAAAGUUUAUCAAAAAAUACGAGGAGAACAGAGAAGAUAUCCUGCGAAGAAUCAUCAACAGCCUGAGGGACGACUAUCCGAACAACAACCCGAGUGGCGGUCUCCAAAGUUACUCGUCUGAGAAGAGGCACCAAGUUGAGUCUCCCACAAGGACCGAAAACUCCAAUGUAGAACGUUUAAGGAGCAUGAGCUCAACGCACGGCUUAUUGAAGAUAUUCCUCAUAACCUUCUUCGCCUCCCUCGUCUUUUUGGCCUUGGUAGUUUUAAUAAAAUAUGUGUACAGGAAAUUUAAGAAACACAUGGAAAAUCGGUUGCGCAAGUACAAUAGUGGCGUAGAAGCGCUAAAUUACAUCCCCUAG